GUUCAAAGCUGUGACUGAUUGUUCAAUCACAUCUGUGUUUGUUAAACUGUGGAAGGUAUCAUAUGUGUUUGUUAAACAUCACAUCUGUUGGGAAGGACCCGCCAUGGAAUCUGUGCUUGUAGCACCACUUCUGGAGCUGCUCUUUGGAAGGCUGACUUCCUCUGUUAUUGGUGAACUGCAAAUUUGCAGGGAUGUUAAGAAGGAGAUAGAGAAGCUGCAGCACACCUUACCGGUGAUUCAAGCAGUGAUGGAGGACGCAGAGGAGCAGCAAAUGAAAGAUCAGAAGGUGAGGACUUGGCUGGUCAAGCUCAAAGAUGUGGCCUAUGAUGCUAACGACCUGUUGGAUGAGAUGUUCACUCUCGUGCAAAGAAGACUGAUGAUGAAACAUGGUUUUUACAAACCAGUUGCUGUACCACGCCGAAUUAGGAACACGACAGGGUGGUUUGAUCUGAAACUGAGAGAGAUUCGAGAGCAGACAACAUAUAAGUUAAGGAAGACUAAUUUUAAGCUUGCAACAAUUUCAAUUCAUUUCAAAAUGUCGCAUAAGCUGAAGGAGAUUCGAGAAAGUCUGGAUGAUCUCACCAAGCAAAUGUCUUGUUUCCAAUUCAAACAAUAUUCGCCCUAUAAGCGGUCAGAUACCAUGGAGAGACGUGAAACCGGACCUUAUGUUGAUGAAUCUAAGGUUUUUGGCAGAGAAUAUGAUGUGGAGAAGAUUGUUGAGAUGUUACUGUCAUCCAGUGGUCCUCAAGUCCCAGUAAUUCCGAUUGUUGGAAUUGGAGGCAUGGGGAAGACAACGCUUGCUCAGUUAGUCUAUAAUGAUCUCAGGGUCAAGAGGCAUUUUGAACUUGAGAUGUGGGUAUCCGUCAAUGACAAUUUCAACCCAAAAAGGAUCAUCAAUGAAAUGUUGGGUUAUGUCACAAAGGAUAGUCGUGAUUCCUUGCAGAUUGGGGUCCUCCAAUCUCAAGUGAGGGAAUCAUUAUGGGGGAAAAGACACUUGCUUGUGCUAGAUGAUGUGUGGAAUGAGGAUCAAGAUGAAUGGGAAAAACUGAUGAAUCCGUUGAAGGGCACUGCAGAUGGAAGUAAAAUUAUACUGACCACAAGGAGUGAAGCAGUUGCAGCAAUUACUAGUGCAUUUCCCCCUUAUCGUUUGGAAGCGCUAAGCAGAGAUGAUUGCUGGAAUUUGUUUAAGCAACGAGCCUUUGCAGACCGAGGAGAAGAAGAAUUUCGGAGCCUAUUGACCAUUGGUGAACAAAUAGUUGACAAGUGCAAAGGUGUACCUUUGGUUGCUAAAAUUCUUGGCAGCCUACUGCGCUUUAAAAGAGAAGAAAGUGAGUGGUCAAAUGUGCAAAAGAGUGAGAUAUGGAGUAACAAUGGAGGUGAGAACAGAAUUUUAACAAUCUUACGACUUAGUUACAAUCACUUGCCAUCGCGUAUAAAACCUUGUUUUGCGUAUUGCUCAGUGUUCCCUAAAAAUUAUGAGAUUAAUAAGGAAAAGUUGAUCCAUCAAUGGAUUGCACAAGACUUGAUUCGUAAAGAGUCUUUAAUGGAACUGGAGGACAUUGGGAAUGAGUGUUUUAACAACUUAUUGAUGAUGUCUUUCUUUCAAGGCAUAAGAAAAUCUGAUGACGACGAAGUUAUGACAGAGUUUAAAAUGCAUGACCUUAUCCAUGAUCUUGCAAAGUCUGUCUCUGGAGAAGAAUUUAUGACUAUUGGGCAUGACAACGUGCAUUCUAAUCUCAUUGAAAGUCUCUACACAACAGAUGGUUUCUCAAAGCUACGUCAUGCAUCGGUUGUUUGCAAUCCCAGCUCUUGUUUGAUCCCGAGAGCCUUGUGUAAAGCAAAGAAACUGCGUACGCUCAAUUUGCUGUCACCAAGAGAGGAUUCUGCACAAGUCCCUCCUGCCUUACUCUCAACUUUUAAGCACCUCAGAGUGCUAAAUCUGAGUGGAUGUGGCACUAAAAGACUGCACAGAUCGAUUGGUGGGUUGAUAUAUUUGAGAUAUCUUGAUCUCUCUUAUACUCUCAUUGAGAGCAUGCCGGAAACAAUCUGUGAUCUCUGCAAUUUGCAGACACUGAAUCUUUCAAGUUGCAGUGAGCUCAGGGAGCUACCAAGUGGUACAGCAAGGUUGAUAGGACUGAGACAUCUGAAUAUAGAUAAUUGUGCAAGACUUGCUUACAUGCCCCCAUCAAUCGGAAAGUUAUGCCAACUUCGAACUUUACCAGUGUUUAUUGCUGGUUGUGAAAUUGAAGAUGGCAUUUGGCAGCUUCUGAGACUGAAUAAUCUUCGAGGCAACUUAAAAAUCACACACCUGGAGUAUGCUCAUUUGUAUCUGGAGAAUCCUAUGCGUGCCGUAUUCAUAGAUGAUGUUAAGAAGUGGAUGGCAUCAACAAACUUCUACUCAUUGGAACUGUUAUGGGGAAAUGGUGAUGAGGGUAAGUCAGCUAGUUACACAUCCAGCAGACAGAGUCCCAGGUGCAAUCAAAGAGGUGAUGAGGAGCUAUUGGAUUCUUUUAAACCAAAACCCUCUAUAAGAAAGUUGUCCAUAAAAGGUUAUUCAGGAGCAGCGUUUCCAAUUUGGAUGAAUAUGUCUGGCCUUGAAAGUCUCACCCAGGUGAACUUAAUUAACUGCAAAAACUGUGAGAGUCUUCCUACACUUGGGCAACUUCCAAUCCUCAAGAUCCUUAACAUCCAAGGAAUGGAUUCCAUCAUAAACAUCGGUGUUGAGUUCUCAGGUGAAGGUGACCGACCAUUCUCGUCACUGAAAGAACUAACCCUCCGAGACUUUCCUGAAUUGAAAACUUGGAGCAGUGUGGAUUCUGCAGAGGCAUUUAUUUGCCUGGAUAAACUAAUCAUCACAAAAUGUCCAUUGUUGAUUACCAUGCCAUGGUUCCCACGUCUCAAAUACUUGGAGCUGCAAAAGUGCAACCAAUUGAUAGUAAGGUCCGCGUCCGAGCUAAACACACUCUCCACCCUCGUUAUUGACUUCUUUCAGGACUUAAUGUUUCUACCAAAAAAAUUGUUGCAAAACAAUUCUCGUUUGAUGUCAUUAACAGUUACCUCUUGCCCCAAGCUUGGCUCAGUGCCUGAAAAUCUGGCAAACCUCGCUGAUCUGAAAUCACUGAAAAUUGGAUGGUGUGACGAACUGAAAACUUUGCCACAUGGAUUAAAAAGCCUCACUUCACUGGAGAACUUGGAUAUUAUUGAGUGUCCUAGUUUAAUCUGUUUGCCAGAGGAAGGCAUGGAAGGCCUGUGCUCACUUCGAUCAUUCUCAAUUGAGAAUUGUCCCCGCUUAACAUCUUUGCCAAUGGGGAUGAAACACCUCACAGCUCUUGAGAACCUCACAAUCAUGUAUUGUUCAAACCUAGUUCAUCUGCCAGAUAAUUUCCAUUGCCUUGUGGAACUUAGAAGCAUGACAAUUUUAAGCUGUCCAGAGCUCGCAUCUCUGCCAGAGGGACUCCAACACCUGAAGAAAUUGCAAAUCCUGGAACUUCGUAGCUGCCCGAAACUCAUGGAGCUGCCCAACUGGGUGGAGCAUCUUGUUUCACUUCGAUCCUUGGCAAUCUCCAACUGUCCAAAUAUAAAAUCGUUACCAGAAGGUUUAGGACGUCUAAGUGCACUGCAACAUCUGUCCAUCAGAGACUGUCCUGAUCUUGAGCACCAUUGUGAGAGAGGAAAAGGCGAGGGCUGGGAGAAGAUAUCUCAUGUCCCUUAUAUCUAUGUUGAAUCAUCGGCAUUGCAGCAGAGGCAACACAUUGCAUCCACGUCACAAAAUGCGUCCACGUCACAAAAUCCUUAGUUUUGAAGAACUGAUGGCUGGUUGUACGUAGCAUAAGAAGCCAUUUGGGAUCAUGAUCCGACGGAAUUGUGAAUCGUGAUCGAGUCAAAAUGGGUCACAGUUAAUGUCCAUCUUGUAAAUUUGCACCUGAGGGUUUUAAGAAUCUUGAAGGCCAUGCAGUUGAAAUAUUCUCUGUUCAAAUAGUAAUGUUUCAUUUUUGGGUUGCUAUGACUUCUGCAACUCUGCUUGCGACCUGAACCAUUGGCCCUGUGUUCUCAUGUUUGUUGUUUCGUCUCAAGUCCAGUGCAUAUUCUACAAUAUCAGUUUUCCAGCAGGCAAUGAAUUUGGGUAAACAAGCGUAAAGCAUGGUAAAGAUGACAGAACAAUUGGGUUUGUGGAGAGUUUGUGUUUGUAUCUCUUGUAAAUUAGGACUGGGCUCUUAUUUAUGUGUGCUUUGUAAUUUGUAUCUAUUGUGUGUGCUUGCACAUUUAAUACUUGUAAGAAUCAACGUAUUCUUAUUCUGCUGGCUGCUACUGAAUAAUUUUUCCCCAAGAUUUUAAA